AGAGACCCAGCCUUUAUGUACCCUUGUUCUCUCUACCCUCGCUUCUCGUCGAAGACGCGUGCGUCUGGAUAUUCCUGCCCAUUCCAUAACAUGGCCUCCGACAUGAAAGUUGUGUCGAUCCAGGAAGAUAGAUUUUCCGACGUGAUCGUCCACCUGAGAAAAAAUUUCUUCGCUGACGAGCCGCUCAACAAGGCAGUGAAACUUUGCAAACGUGGUGAACCUCACGCAGCACUGGAGCGACACAGUUUGGCUACCCUCCAGCAGGGCUUCUCGCGGAUGGCUGUCACCGAAGACGGGGUGAUCGCAGGAGUUGCUCUGAAUGGUACGGUAAAGAAAAGCGAACGAGAGGAGGCGGAAUCGCGUCUCCUGGAAACGGCCGAUGAAAAAUUCAAAGCAAUUUUUACGUUACUAUACGGUGUAAAUGAAAAGGUUGAUUUAUUUUCAACCUACGAUAUCGAAGAGCUUUUUGAAUGUCGAAUUUUAAGUGUCGACGAAAACUUCAGAGGUAAAGGCUUGGCAUCUACCUUGAUGACUGAUAGUAUGGAAACUGCAAAGCAAGCCGGAUUUAAGUACGACUGUUUUUAUAGGUAUUCAAAGCUGACGCGACUGGUGUAUACUCCCAGAAAAUCUGUGAAAAUUUUGGAUUUAAAACUGUGGCGGAGAUUCCAUACAGCGAAAUAGAUGAAAAUAUUAGACCGCCACCACCACACGAAGCUUUAAAGUUGAUGGUAAAAAUUUUGGAAUAAGCGUACAUGAUUAUACAUGUUGUAUUCAGACCAACGCACAAAAGAUGAAAUGAUAUAGUUUAAAAAUGAACAUAUAUUUACACUAUACACAUAAGUAGAUAUGAUCUACAUGUAUACAUAUAUGUAUACGUUUCGUCUUUUUGAACGUGACAAUAAAAGCUUUCUUAUAUUUAAUCGUAUACAUACGUGAAACUGAAUACUUGAAAAAAUGAAAAGUCAAGCUGGAAUUGUUGAAUACGAAAAUACCAAUUAUCAUAUAUUAUAUAUAUGUAUAGAUAUUGUUCAUGUGUCUGUGUUCUAAAGGAACUUUCCUUAAUCAAUGAUAAACCAUGAAUGUUUUGAAAGUAUAUAUAUAUACAAAUGUUUGUGUGUAUUACACAAUUAUACUGUUACAAACGUGUUUAGAAAAAAGAAAAGAAAAUUGUUGUAUGACUUGUCGUGAAGUAUAACAAACAAGAAUAACGUUAAAUAAGUGUUAAAAUUUUUUUAAGAAUGUGACAAUGAUUUCACACACUGAUGAAAGUCUAGAGUUUACGAAAUAAUUUGUCACCUGAGAACAUUGGUGCCCUUAUAUACAUAAAUAAGUUGAAACGGAAUUAAAAAAUUUCGCUACAAGUAAUGUAGGGUGUUGGUAAAAUACCAAA